CGUUUCUCAAUGGUGGCGCUUCUGAUUUCAUCUGAAGUCAUGAGUGAAUUCAGGAUUCAUCAUGAUGUUAAUGAACUUCUCGGGCUUCUUAAUGUCCGAGGAGGAGAUGGUGCUGAGGUUUAUAUUGAUUUACUGCAGGAGAACAGGACUCCUUAUGUGACCACUACAGUAUCUGCACACAGUGCUAAGGUCAAAAUGGCAGAACACUCCAAAACUCCUAAAGACUUCUUGAGGAAAUAUGACGAGUUGAAGUCAAAGAAUGCACGCAACCUCGAUCCACUGGUGUAUCUGCUUUCCAAACUCACUGAGGAUAAAGAAACUUUGACGUUCUUGCAGCAGAAUGCAAAGGAGAGAACUGAAAUGUCUGCAAAUGCAGCAUCCAGCACCGCCACGUCGUACAGCAUUCCUGCAACCAGUGGCAAAAUGUCCAUGCAAGAACUGGAGGAAUUGCGGAAAAAGCUGGGAAAUGUCACGGCCAGCUCCAAUGCGCCUCAGUCUUCUGAGGUCAUCUGUAAAAUGCUGAGAGACCGACAUAACAAGAAGAACCCCACUCAGCCGAACCCUGUGUUUCCAAACUGGGUGUAUGACCGGCCUGCGCUGAUUGGGAAUUUCAUCACUAGCCCCACUCCUGUGGGAGAUCCCGUGGUGGCUGUUGGUACAAUUCCGCUGGCUGCACAGGAACAAGCUCUGGAGGACCUGCUGUACGUGCUAAUUGGUGUGGAUGGAAGAGACGUCACAGCUCAGCCUGUGCUCGGCAGACAGAGCCGCUCCUUCAUAGUGGAUCCUUCCCUCGACAUGUCCAUCAAAGAGCUGGUCAACCGGAUAUUACCGGUGGCAUCCUGUUACUCCGCUAUCACACGCUUCACAGAAGAGAAGUCGUCGUUUGAGUACGGUCAGGUGAAUCAUGCCUUGACUGUGGAAACCAUCCUUACAACUGCAGCCAUAAGGACUCUGAUGAAGGAAUAUCUCAUCCUGGUGACACAGCUGGAGCAUCUCCACAGACAGGGCACGCUUUCUCUGCAGAAGCUCUGGUUCUACAUACAGCCCACCAUGCGCACCAUGGAAAUCCUGGCCUCCAUCGACACUGUUGACAAGGGUGAGUGUAUGGGUGGCUCGACCCUCAGCCUGCUUCAUGAUUGUACCUUCAAUUACACCAGAGACAGCCAGGCUCAAGAGCUCUGCCUCUAUCUGACCAAAGUAGCGUCCUACUUUGAAAUACUUGAGAAGUGGAUCUAUAGGGGCAUCAUUAAAGACCCAUACAGGAGAAUGUCAAUCAAACAUGACUUCUUAAUGGAUAAAGGAGACUUUUUCGUGCAUUUUAUGGACCUGACGGAGGAAGAACUGAAGAAGCCGGUUGAUAACAUCAUUCCUCCACGGCUGGAGGCCCUGCUGGAGCUGGCCCUAAGACUGAGCACUGCCAACACAGACCCCUUCAAAGAUGAUUUGAAGAUUGACCUGAUGCCCCAUGACGUUAUCACCCAGCUGUUGCGUGUCCUCGCUAUAGACACCAAGCAAGAGAAAGCCAUCAUUAAUGCAGAGCCCACAGAGGUGUCCCUUAGCGGCCUGGAGGCUUUCUCUUUCGACAACAUCGUCAAGUGGCCACUUUCUCUCAUAAUCAACCGAAAAGCCCUGACACGAUACCAGAUGCUCUUCAGGCACAUGUUCUACUGCAAGCAUGUGGAGAGGCUGCUCUGUAAUGUGUGGAUCAGCAAUAAAGCAGCUAAGCAAUAUUCACUGCACUCUGCUAAAUGGUUUGCUGCUGCCUUUGCAUUAAGACAACGGAUGCUCAACUUUGAGCAGAACAUUCAGUACUACAUGAUGUUUGAGGUUAUGGAGCCCACAUGGCACAUCAUGGAGAACAACCUGAAAUCUGCUUCCAACAUUGAUGAUGUGCUGUGUUAUCACACCAGCUUCCUGGAUAACUGUCUGAAGGACUGUAUGCUCACCAACCCUGAGCUGCUCCGCAUCUUCUCCAAGCUCAUGUCUGUCUGUGUUAUGUUCACCAACUGCAUGAAGCGGUUCACUCAUAGCAUGAGGAUAGACAGUGAGAUGAAGCGCCUGACUCUCGAACACGGCACUAUGGAGGGCUCUUCAGCCUCGGCUGAGCGGACAGAAGAGUCAGAGAAAAAAAAGACUGUCUCCCAGUUCCUAGCUGAGCAUGUGUAUGCCCUGCAGUCUGACUCUGGGUUUGAGGCGACCAUCAGCAAGUUUGACAGUAACUUCAGCACAUUAUUGCUGGAUCUUUUGGAUAAGCUCAGCAUUUACAGCACCAAUGACUGUGAACGCAGCAUGAUCAACAUCAUCUACAGGCUGGACUUCAAUGGCUUCUACACAGAGAGAUUGGAGAGAAUGGCUAUUGAGAGAAGCCAGAAAACUGCUGCAUAG